CAUUCCAAUCAUCUCUUCUCCAUAUAUUCAUCAUAAUUCAUUAUUCUUGCUAUUGUUCUUCAACUCUUAGCCAAAGUUUCUGCAAUUUUUUCUACUCCCUCUCUACUUUGUUGAAAUGGCAGGAGGUCAAAGAAAAAGAUCCCGCACCGGCAAGAACGUGGCUUCUUCCUCGGCUCCUCCACCACCGGCGCACAAGUAUCUCGACGGGUCGUUCCUUUGGUUCAACGACCGCGAAGAGGCUGCGAGGUUCUCGGAGAAGUUUGAGCACCGGGAAAUUCUCCCUCCCCGGUUCUCCACCGCACGCUUCAUUCACGAUUCCAUUCCACGGGAGGCACGGGUCAUCCUCCAAGAAGGAAACUUCCUCGACCUACUCUACAUCAAGAAGAACGACUAUCAACCUUUUCUUGAUCGAGCCUUCUACUCGAACUUAAAAAAGGAUGAGGACGGAUCGUUGAUUUCAAACGUCAACGGGGUGGACAUCUAUUUGAGAGAGGAAAACAUUCAAAUCCUCACCGGGCUUCGUCGGGACAGACAGGAUCUCGGCCUAUAUGUCGGAGAAGAAGGAGCACGAUUCAACAAGGCCGCCCUUUUGGAGCUAGUGGGAAUCCGCAAUUUCGUCCCCACUCCCCAACAGCGGCGUCCAACAAUGACUUCCAUGAGUCCCGUGUAUCGAUUCAUUUUCUAUGUUUUGACACGAAUUCUCAAGCCCAGGAAAUUCAACCACACCACUCUCUCCCAAGAGGACACAAAGACGCUUCAUGCGAUGAUCAACAACACCAAUAUCAAUUGGUGUAAGUUUGUGAUGACUCACAUGUUGAAUGCCACCUCCGACAACCGGCCGCUCCCCUAUGCUCUCCUCGUCAUGGCGAUCCUUGAUGAGUUCCACAUCAAGACGGACGUCGGGCCAAAAUGCAAAGGAACGAAGCAUUGGGAGAUUAACGAGUCUUCCUUCCACCCGAGAACCGAUGAAGCUACGUUCCCACAGCCUCGUCCUCGCCGCCAACCGAGAGCCACUGCCUCGACCGCCGCCGCUUCGACCAAUCCUUCUCUCACCGAGCAAAUGGCGGCUUUGACCACCACCCUUUCUCGGAUAGACACCAACGUCUCCAAAACGGCACAUAACGUCAAUAUUCUGAGCCGUGAGCUUCACGGGUUUUUUGACUUUGUCAACUACCCCUACGCUCAAAUGGUCCCUUAUGUUCCUCCGCCAAACCUAGGUGGUGAACCAAGUGGGACUAACGACGUUGGAAGAGAAGAAGCGGUGAACGUUGAAGAAGAAGAAGAAGAGGAAGACGAAGAAGCUGAAGACGAAGAAGAAGAAGAAGAUGAUGAUGAUGAUGGCAGUGGUUUAUGCUCAUCCAAUGAGUACAGCAGCAAGGUGGUUGAGAAAUUCAGCUCAGUUGAUGCCACUGUGUCAGGCAUAGAUUGUGGAGACUGGCUACCACCCGUAGUGCAACCAAUACACCAAGAAGUUUCAGCUUCCUACUCUUUUCUUAGUUGGGAAAAUGAAUCUAUCAGGAAGCCCAAAGCUGUUGAAAGAGAAUUAGCAUUGAUUUUUUCUGCCCCAAGUUUAGACCUGGAAGAACACUCAUGUUCUAAGUGUCUGAUUGCAAUGGACACCGAAUCACUUGCUUCUGAGUUCGGGAUUCAGGCUCUCAAGAGUGCAGUACCUGGACCUUCUUUAGAUCAAAGUUUAACACAAUCAGAUAUCCUCCUUAAUGAACACUGGGAAGGAGCCGAGGCAGGCAUGGGGUGUGAAGCACCUGCCAGAACUUGGAGUGGCGCUAUCAAUGUUGAUCGGCAAUCCAUUCCAUCUCCUAUAGCUCCUUCUUUCACUUCCUAUAAUCCAUUCGGGAUUCUUGAAUCAAGUGAGGACCUUGAGGAAACCCCGGAGGCUCAUAAUUUCAACAAUGAAGACGAGAUGAUAGAUUUAUUUAAUUGCUCUUCUACUGCAAGGAUGAUGAAACUAAAUGCUCUUGAGGAUGCAAGCCCAGGAUUUGAAGAACCUGCCCUCUACACUCACUCUGAAGGAGAGAAAACUGUUUUUAUUGACUCUAAGCUUGAACCUUUUAGAAUCAUAACUCCGAGUUCCUCUAAUAUGUCAUUGCAGCUUCCGAAAUUAGCUAAGGCCGGAAACCCGCCGGGGAAAAUCACCUCUCAUACAAACAUGCCGAAGAAAACUCUCUUCUCUGAUCUUCUCAAGGGAGACCUCACCUCUCCCACAGGCCAAAGAUGUGGUUUCUACAAGGGAGCCCCAUCAGUAGUGUUCACAGCGGAAGAAGAGAGGGUACUUGCUGAGAAUUUUGCCUUCACAGUGGUGGGAAGAAGCCCCAACCAUAUUUCCUUACGGGCAACUGAGGAAUUCCUUAUCAAAGGUGGAUAUAAAGAGUUCAAGCUACGACGGUUUUCCUCCAAGGAAAUUCUCUUCAUCUUCAAGCAUGAAGAAGAUUAUUUACGUUGGUUUCAUAGGAGAAGAUGGACCAUCAAGGGUACUACAAUUUUCAUCACCAAAUGGACUCCAGACCAUUCUUCUCAGUUCGAAAGCCCUAUAAUUCCUAUCUGGGUUGAGGUAAAAAACAUCCCUCUUCAUCUCCAUGAUCACAACUCCCUUUUUACAAUUGCUAGUUCUCUAGGAAAACCCCUUAAGCUUGACUCCAACUCCGUCUUAGGGGUUUUCCCAGACCGCAGUAGAUUUUGUGUUGAAUUGGAUGUGUCCACCUCCAAGGCUCCUAAUAUUCACGUUCGCCUGGGUGCAAAAGACCUAUGGCUUCCAUGUACAUAUGAAUCCCAUACUCCUUACUGCUCCUUAUGUUCAAGAUUUGGUCACGGAACUAUUGAAUGCCGGAGAAAAUUGCAGGAGAACCUCACUGAACCAGCUCCGACCAGUGAGGUGGGGCAGGGAGGAGCGGGUAUGCAUGGACAAAGGAAAGAUGAGGGAUGGAUAUGGGUAAAGGCUAGAAGACAACACAAAAGUGACAUUCACCCAGUGGGCCAGGUCAAUCAUCCAGCUCCUCCUUUUCCUUACAAACCCAUUGCCCAACGUAAAAAUUCCUCCCAUCCUUCAAAACAUAGGGAUACAUCCAACAAAGGAAAAAAUGCAACCCAUCAACCCACUGAAAUUAUGGCGGGGCCACAUUCUCACCAUAAUGUUGAUGAUUGGGAAUCAUUUAUGCCGUCCAUAGAAAUCAUCCAGGAAGAACAGCCACUCCUUAAUCUGGUUCGUGGUGACCCAUCUGCGUUGGACCCCUCUCCUUCCAAGGUAGUGGAAGAAUGCCCCUUCCUAGAUCUCUCUUAUCUUAUGGUGGAAAAGCCAAUGCGCUGCAUGGACAUCAUCCCCUUCAUCUCACAGCUGGACUCAACUCCUGACAAAAAGGAACCUUUCCAGCCAACUCCCGGUAGCAAAGAUGACUAUUGGACUCUCACACAUCUGGACUGCAAUUGGGAAAAUCCUGAGCAAGAGGAUCAAGAAGUGGAAAAUAUUCCUAUCUUGUGUCACUCUGAGGGUGAAGAGGAUGAUGUGCCUUUCAUCACUGGAAAACUGGUUCCUUUGGAAGUGGACCUCAACAACUGCUCUCAAGUCUCCUUUCCAAUCCCUAAACCCACAAAAGCGAAGAAACAAAUCCCCCCCAGUAGUAGGGUUACAAGAAUAUAUGGUUCACAUACUGAGGCAGGCAGGAAAACCCUCUGGUCCAAUCUCCAAAAUUAUCAGCCCUUGCAGAAUAAUUGGAUAAUAGGAGGUGAUUUCAAUGCCAUAACAUCACUCCUGGAAUCCAAAGGAAAAUGUAUUCCUAGACAACAAGGUAUGGAGGAUUUCCUCAACUGCAUCGACAACUGCAGGCUUAUCUGUCCAGAACCAAAAGGUUCUAUCUUCACUUGGUCAGGAGUACGCAGUCAAGGUAGAACCUGGCGCAGACUUGAUAGAAUUUUACUCAACCUAAACACUUUGGCUUUCUUUGAGGAAGUGGAACUUUUGCACCUUCCAAGGGCAAACUCAGAUCACAAACCACUGCUCCUCAUAUGCAAUGGGCAGUGUCACUCAGGCCCAAAGCCUUUCAAGUUCUUAAAUGUCUGGACCCAUCAUGAUUCCUUCAUGGAUACUGUCAAAAGUUCUUGGCACAACACACCCACUUCUGGAGGCAUGAGGGGGCUAAUCUUUAAACUCAAAAAUUUAAAGAUUGCUCUGAAGGAAUGGAAUUCUUCCCACUUUGGAAAUAUCUUCCUUAAACUGGAAGAAGCUGAGAAAAAAGCAGCCAAAGCCCAGGAGAAUUUUGAGAAUGAUCCAACAGACCAUAACUGUGAAAUGGCACAACAAGCAAAUGCUCAACUCAUCCAUGCUGUAAACAUUGAGGUGGCAUACUGGAAACAAAAAGCAAACAUCAAGUGGCUUGAGAAGGGAGACACAAACUCCAAAACAUUUCAGGCCUUUGUUAAGGGGAAGAGGCAGAAGCUGAAAAUCAACCAUAUCCUGUCUUCUGAGGGCAAAGGUCUCUUUUCCCAAGAGGACAUAAAAAAGGAAGCAAUUGCCCAUUUUCAGAAGGCCUUCUCAUCCAGUCCCUGUGGUAUUAUGGAGCCUAUCCUUUCUAAUAUCCCAGCUGUCAUCACCCUUGAAGAUAAUGCUCUGUUAACUUCCCUUCCUUCCUUGGAGGAAGUAAGAGACACAAUCUGGAGCCUUGAUGGAGACAGUGCAAGUGGUCCUGAUGGGUUCAAUGGUAAUUUCUUCAAACAUUGUUGGCCUAUUAUUAAACAGGAUGUCGUGCUGGCUUCUCAAGAGUUUUUCCUAGGUCUUCCUAUUCCAAAAGGUUAUGAAAGCACACAUAUAUCUCUUAUCCCCAAGAAAGAAAACCCUAAAAGGUUUGAUGAUUUCAGGCCCAUCUCUCUCUCAACCUUCAUGAGCAAAAUUAACACCAAGCUGGUUGCAAACAGAUUAAAGAUCCUGCUUCCAAAAAUCAUCUCAGAAGAACAGGCAGCCUUCCAAAAGGGGAAAUCCUGUGAUGACCACAUCCUUCUGGCAAAGGAAGCUUUACAUCACAUUGACAAAAAGGUGUUUGGGGGCAAUGCCAUCAUCAAAAUUGACAUGGCCAAAGCCUUUGAUAGGAUGGAUUGGGGCUACCUUGAACACAUCCUCAAGGGUUUUGGUUUCUCUGAUUUGUCCAUCACUAUUCUCAUGGCAAACCUUAAAAACACCUACAUCAGUAUUCUCAUAAAUGGGGAACCCACUGGUUUUUUCAAGAUGGAAAGGGGGGUAAAACAGGGCGACCCCCUAUCCCCUCUUCUCUUUAUUAUUGAAGGGGAAGGGUUAUGCAGACUUAUUAACCAUCACAUGUCUUCUCAUUUUAUUAGCAGGUUUAAUGUGGGUAGUGUACCUAUGGUAAGUCACCUCAUAUACGCAGAUGAUCUCAUCAUUUUCACAAAGGGUGACAUUAGAAAUCUGUUAAGAAUCAAAGCAAUUCUCAACGAAUACUUCUCAGCCUCUGGUCAAGAUAUGAACAAUAGCAAAAGGAGAUUCUACACCAACAAAUCUACAAAGUCUGUCCAAAUUCAGAAGAUGGAGGAGGCACUAAACAUUAAAGCUGGUCAUUUACCCUUCACAUACUUGGGAGCUACUCUCUGCAAAGGUAUCCUUAAAAGAGAACAUUGCAAUAAUCUGGUGAAUCAUUUCCAGAAACACCUUACCUCUUGGUACAGCAGAACCAUCAACCAAAUGGGAAGAUUAAUCUUGAUUAAGCAUGUACUUUCUUCCAUACCUUUACACCACCUUGCUGUUAACCUUUUACCCAUGUCUGUCAUUGUUCACCUCCACUCUCUCAUGAGCAAUUUCUUCUGGGGAAGCAACAAGGGCACCCCCAAAUAUCACUGGAAAAGCUGGAACUUUAUGUGCCAUCCCAAACACGCGGGGGGGCUUGGGAUAAGGGACUUGGACACCAUCCAAUGUGCUUACUCCCUCAAACUAUGGUGGAAGAUUCACACUGACAAUGGAUUAUGGGCCACUUACAUGAGAAACAAAUACCUAAAAGACAAUCUUGUGAGGGAAAAAAUCACGGACUCCCCCACAUGGAAGAGGAUUUGCAGGAUUGAUCACCUUGCCAGAGAACAUUGGUCUUUGACAAACAAUAUCCCUAGAUGGGAUGGGGGGGUUUUCUCCUUAAAGUCUGCUUUUCAAACUCUUAUUGGGGGUCGGACAGAACUAUUGACGGCCAGGUACAUAUGGCACAAAUCACAGAUCCCAAAACUCAGAACUUUCAUGUGGAAAGCUCUUUACAACUGCCUCCCAUUUCCCAGAAAUCUCCACAGGUUUAACUUUCAUCUUCCAAGCAUUUGUAUCUUUUGUAAAAGCCACGAGGACACUCUUGACCAUUCUCUACUCAGUUGCGAAUUCAGUAGAGCAAUUUGGAACUUCUUUGCUAGGUUGGUUAAUGGCCCCUUAAUAAGGUCACCCAUUACCCUUUGCCAAUACCUUCUGUCAUGGUGGUUUACAGGAAAUCAGAAAUCCUUCAAAGGAAUCCUCAGGCUGAUCAUACCAGCGAUCAUCACUUGGUCACUUUGAAAAGCAAGGAACACCUCCCUCUAUGAAGAGAAACUCAUCUCCCAGAUCUCGGUUACGCAGCAGAGCUUCCAGCUGAUCCAAAGCUGGUGCUGGAUUA